UCAUCCGUCUUCAAUUUAUCCCGUCAGAAGUAGAAGAAGGGAGACAAUUGGAAAUGCCAUCUGAUCAUGCUUUUCAUCUUCCUCGCCAAACCACUUGGGCGUGAAACGGGCUCACGGUGGGCAAGAGACAUAAAGCAAUGGGUGAUGGGAGAAGGCAAACAAACAGAGGAGGAGGAGGAAAUUCAAUGCACGGAUAGAUUCAUCAAUUCAAGUUCUCCGUCCCCCCCUCCGGAGGAGUAAAUAGAGCAUUUAGUCUUGCCAAAAUAGAAUAGCUCCAAUCCAAAAGCUUAUUUACACGCACAAGUACGAACCCUCUCCAGUCUCCACCCCUAAAAAAAUGGGGUUAGCCGACUAGAGUCCAGUACGCCUUCGCCCACCACACACACGCAGAUCGCGCAGGUGGGGCACAACGGCGCUCUUUAAAUCCCUCCUUCUUUCUUAAGCUCUGCCAUUGCAAUUGCAAGGGCAAGAAGGCUCCCUGCUCCUCUUCGAGCUAAAUCCCAACAAGGCCAAGCCAUAUGGGUGCUCCCUUCUCUACCUGGCCAUGGGAGAAUCUCGGUUACUUCAAGUAUCUUCUCUACGGUCCGCUGCUGGCGAAGGCGGUGUACUCGAGGCCAUGGCGGGAGCAAGGCGAUCCCUCGGACAUGUGGUGCCUUCACCUCCUCCUCCUCUUCGCCCUCCGCGCCCUCGUCUACCAACUCUGGCACUCCUUCGGCAACAUGCUCUUCCUUUUUCGCGGCCGCCGCAUCCUUAAAGCGGGCGUCGACUUCGAGCAAAUCGACCGGGAGUGGAACUGGGACAACUUUUUGAUCCUACAGUGCAUGGUGGGCGCCCUGUUCUUCCUCCUCUUGCCAACCCUACAAGGCCUGCCCAUGUGGGACGCCCGGGGAGCCCUGCUCGCCUUCGCCCUUCACGUUACCGUCUCGGAGCCACUUUUCUAUGUCGUCCACAGGGCUCUCCACGCACGGCCCUCUCUCUUCCACCAUUACCACUCCCUCCACCACUCCUCUCGAGUUCCCCAAUCCUUCACAGCUGGGCUUGGGACACCGUUGGAGCAAGCGAUGCUGUGUGUGGUGAUGGGGACGCCCUUGCUAGGGGCGGCCAUAGCAGGACUAGGCUCGGUGGGGCUCAUCUAUGGGUAUGUCCUCUGGUUUGAUUUCUUGAGGUGCAUGGGACACAGCAACGUGGAGGUCUUUUCUCAUCGCUUCUUUGAGGCCAUGCCAAUCUUCAAAUACCUUAUCUACACACCUACGUACCAUAGCCUUCAUCACACGGAAAUGGAAUCUAAUUUCUGCCUUUUCAUGCCGCUAUUCGAUGUCUUGGGAGGAACCCAUAACGGCAGGUCAUGGGAGCUCCAGAAAGAGAUUAGUUCAGGGGAGAAUCGUGAGGCAGUGCCGGAAUUCGUGUUCUUGGCGCACGUCGUGGACGUGGUGUCGUCAAUGCAUGUCCCCUUUGUGUUCCGUAGUUUUAGCUCCCGGCCCUUCGUCACGAAGCCGUACAUCCUGCUGCUGUGGCCGGGCGCCUUUGUCACCAUGCUCCUCAUGUGGCUCUGCUCUAACACCUUCCUCCUCACCUUCUACACCCUCCACGGUCGUCUCCACCACCUUUGGGUCGUCCCCCGAUGGGGAUUCCACUACUUUUUACCCUUUGCAACCGAAGGCAUCAAUGACCAAAUUGAGCAGGCCAUCCUAAGAGCUGAUAGACUGGGGGUCAAAGUCCUCAGUCUCGCUGCAUUGAACAAGAAUGAAGCACUGAAUGGUGGAGGGACAUUGUUUGUGGACAGGCACCCCAAUCUCAGAGUAAGAGUAGUCCAUGGCAACACUUUGACCGCGGCGGUCAUCCUCAAUGAGAUUCCCAAAGAUGUUACCGAGGUCUUCUUAACAGGCGCAACAUCAAAGCUUGGUCGAGCAAUUGCAUUAUACUUGUGCAGAAAAAGGAUACGAGUUUUGAUGCUAACUCUAUCGGCUGAAAGGUUUCAAAAGAUUAAAAAGGAGGCUUCAUUGGAAGGCCGAAAGUACCUUGUUCAGGUCACAAAGUAUCAAGCAGGGCAAAGUUGCAAGACAUGGAUUGUUGGCAAGUGGAUCUCUAUAAGGGAGCAGCGGUGUGCUCCACCAGGUACACACUUCCACCAAUUCGUCGUCCCUCCAAUCAUCAAUUUCAGAAGGGAUUGUACUUAUGGCAAAUUAGCGGCCAUGAGGUUGCCACAGAAUGUUCAAGGACUAGGAAUGUGUGAGUACACAAUGGACCGAGGCAUUGUCCACGCAUGCCAUGCAGGAGGGGUGGUGCAUUUUCAUGAAGGAUGGAUGCAUCACGAAGUCGGUGCCAUCGAUGUUGACCGUAUAGAUAUUGUGUGGCAAGCCGCACUUAAGCAUGGGCUAACACCGGUCUGAUCGUUACCAUUUUACUCAUCACACAACCUAGCCAACUUGGUCUGUUCUCUUUCAGUGUUCAAAAGCCAUAGAUCUGUGGCUCACAAAGGAUGUGCAUCCAAUUCAUUAUAUGUUGUAAUACGUUUGCAUUGUUAAGAUCAGGACGGACAAAAUUCAGAUUCAAUAAUAACAGAGAUCUUCUUAAGUCUA